AUGAACAACAGCUGCAAUCCAGCUGAACGUGUAGUGGCAUUGAUCGAUAUGGAUUGUUUUUAUUGUCAAGUUGAAGUGCAACACAAUAAAUCUUUGGCUGGGAAACCAGUUGCUGUUGUGCAAUACAACAGUUGGAAAGGCGGCGGGUAUGUCUUCAAUUAGUUUACGGUCAAUAGAUAUGUGUUCAUGAGUAUUUUAUUUUAUUCCAGAAUUAUUGCUGUAAAUUAUGAAGCUAGAGCAAAAGGAGUUAAUCGACAUAUGAGAGGUAAUGAUGCUGUUCAGGUAUGUCCAGACCUAAAUUUAGUACGCGUAAAAGAACUCCACGGGAAAGCUGAUCUAUCUAAGUAAGUCUUCUUUAAUUUUAGUUCUAACUAUUUAUGUUUAGUACUUAGUAUUCUACUAAGUAAACUUAGCUGUAAACUGUAGGCAAUUUACCAAAGUGAUACAUUAGUGCAAUAUUACAAAAUAUUAUUUGCUGGUUAAUAUCAAAAAAAAAAAAAAAAUAUUCACUUGAAAUAUACAGGAUGUAAGUGGACUAUUUGACAUUUCUACAUGUAACUACAAUGUAAAAAUGUCAAAUAAUGUUCUGUUACACUCUGUAUAUACCUAUAUAACUUCUAGGUAAUUAUUAUAUAAAUUGUUUUAAUAUGUAUAAUUUAUACAUUGAUUCUUACAGAUAUCGCACAGCCAGUCAAAAAGUGUUUGAGGUUCUAAGUGAAUUUAGUCCAUGUGUACAACGAGCAAGCAUUGAUGAAGCUUAUAUUGAUUUAACUAGUGCAAUAAAUGAUCAUAUUUCAUCUAACCAAAAUGUAUCAGUAACUGAUUUGCCCAAUACAUUUGUUGAAGGAUAUUCAGAUCAAUCAUCAAAUGGUAAUUUUUAGUUUAAUACUGUACUAAAUUACACGGAUAUAGCCAAUAUCAAAGACAUUUUUAGUGUUAAUUUUAAGUAUAUUUUUAAAUAUACUUGGGUAUAUAGGUAUAAACUACAAUUAAAAUUGAAUCAUAAACCCAGUAUAUUAAAUAUUACGCUUAUAAUAAUAAUAAUGGGUGAAUAAAGUUGAAGACAUAAUACAUGUAUGAACGCCACAAGAAUAUAUUCUAUGACAUCACACUUUAACUUCAAAUGCCUGUAUAUAGCUAACGAAAUGUAAACAUUCUUAAUUUGGACCAUUAUUUUUUUUUAACAUGAACUACUAUUUUUUUUUAAAUAUAAAACAAAUAUAAUUUUUUCCUUUUGGUGUCCUUUAGUUAAACAUUUUUUAAUUAUAAACAAAAACAGCAAAAUCAAUAUUUUUAACCAUACCAAUAUUAAUAGAAUUAUAUUGUCAGUCCUAAGUCUGAAAAAUAAGAAGGAAAAUAUUGAUUUUGCAAAAUAAAUCUUAGAUGUAAUUUAUACCCGAGUAAAAAAUAGUUAGUCCCAUACUGAUUAAACAUUGUGAUAAAUAUAAGAAAAAUAAAUUAUUUUUAAGUUUGUUAAACAUGUUUGUCUAUUCCUUCUCAAUUUAAAAUUGAAUAGGUGUACUUGUUAGCCCCUUGUCCUCCUCUAUGAGCAGGGAAGGACAGUUAUCUUUGCUGCUCCAUUGGCUAUACCAUUGCAAAAUUGUAUUAUUAUUUCAAUAAAAAUCACUUUAGAAUGUAUUAUUUUAUCUAUUUAAAUUUAAAUGCAAUUUUAAUUAUGUAUGAAGCAUGUAGAAAUGAAUGUAUGCAAUUAUGGCUUAAUGAUGUUUACAAUAAUGAGUUACAAGACAGCUACUUACUCAAUUUAACUAUUGGUGCUGUGAUGAUAGAAAAAUUAAGAGACUUAAUCUUUAAAAAAACUGGUUUUUGUUGUUCAGCCGGAAUUUCAAACAAUAAGGUUUAGUAUUUGUAAUAAUUUUAUUUCCACAAAUAAAUAAUUUUAAAUUAGAUUUUUAUUUAGUUUGUAAUUAUCAUUGCAAUUCUAUUUCAUUGUUAUUAUUUUUAUUUGUAGUUUAUAUCAAAAAUUAUUUUAAAAAUUUUUUACAGAUUCUAGCUAAACUUGCUUGUGGAUUACAUAAACCUAAUCAACAAACUAUAUUACCACCAUUCAGUGUAUGCAAUUUGUUUAAAACCAUACCAAUAAAAAAAGUUAAAAAUCUAGGUGGCAAACUUGGAAAUAAAGUUAAAAAAGAAUUUAAAUGUGAAUUCAUGUCUGAAUUAGCAGCAAUACCACUAAUUGAUUUACAAAAAAAAUUUGAUAACAAAACAUGGUGAUUGUUUAUACAUUUUGUUUUGAUAAUAUUUUAUAUAAUUAAUUACUUUCAUUGAAAUGUCUAUGAUUUUGGUUUCAGUAAUUUUUUAUUUCAAAUAUCCAGAGGUAUAGAUAAUGAACCAGUUGAAUCUAGACUUAUAAACAAAUCUAUUGGAAGUUGUAAAGCAUUUCCUUUAGGUUUGAAAGAUAAAGAUCAAAUACAACACUGGUUAAGCACAUUAAUUAAUGACAUAACUGAGAAACUAGAAGUUGAUUAUAAAAUAGUACGUGAUUAAUGAUUAUGAAUUUGAAUUAAAUUAAAUUAACCAUUAAACUGCAUUUUUGUAUUAAUUAUUUUUCAUUAGAACAACAGAAAAGCCACUUUAAUUAAAGUAAAUGUUAAGUAUUCAAAUAAAGACACAAAUUUAGCAUCAUCUCAAUGUGGUGAAGUAACUACAUAUAAUUUUAAGAAAUUGUUUGAUUCUGCUUAUUCAAUGUUGUGCACUAUGAGUGAAAAUCAACAAAAAUCAUUGACUUGGUAUAUUUAUGUUACAUUUUAAUACUAAUUGUAUAGCAAGAACAUUUCUACAAGAUAUAUCUAUAUUUUUUGUUUGUCAAUUGUAUUAUAAUACCUGAUCAAUAUAAAUUUUGAUGUGCUGAAUUCAAAUCUAAAAAUAAACAUAUUUCAGAUAGUAAGUAGAUAAUAUAUUAUAAACCUAUGUGCAUUAAUCUGCUAUUUUAUAUAUAUCAUAAAUUUUUCACAACUAAUUUUAAAAAUAGACACGAUAAAGAACAGACUGAUUUCAAAUUUGAAUUAAGCGCAUCCAAAUCUUUAAGGAUCCAGUAUUAUAAAUAACAAUAAAGAAGAUAUUUGAAAAUAUCCAUAAUAGAAAUUUAACAACUUUUUUUUUUAUAGGAAAAAUCCUGUAUCUUUUAUUGGGGUGGCUAUUGGAAAAUUUAUAGAUGUGGAAGUAAAAUCAUCAAUUGACAAAUAUUUCAACAAAGAAAUUGCUAAAGAAGAAAACAAUUCUAAUCUUCAAGAAAAUGUAUCAGUUGAUUCUAAAAUCAAUGAAACCCCAAGAAAUGAAAACUGUUCAAUAUCCAAUGAACAAUUAAAUUCUAAAUAUGCUUUAUUUUCUUCAAAUCACCCAAAGUGGGUCAAUUGUGACCUUUCUAAUAAACAAAAACCUAAUAGUAGUACCUGUAACACAAAUUAUGUCAAAAACAUAAAAAUUUCAAAGAAUGAGAUAAAUGCUAAAAAAAAAAGUAUACAAGACACUGAUAGUUUUUUCAAUAGAAAACUAGAAAUAAUAUCUCCUUCAAAAAUUGUACAAAAUAAUAACCUUGAAAUUCAAUCACCUUCAAAACACCAAACUGAUUACAAUUCAGUGUCAAAAAAAUGUUUUGAACCACACACUACUAUCAACAUUACUGAUGAUAAUAUCAAUGAUUUAUGUUCUAAAGAUAAUGAUAUUCCAACAAUGUUAUUAUGCGAAAAAUGUAAUAAAACUAUUGACAUUAAUUUGUAUGAGGAACACAUAGAUCAUCAUGUGGCUAUAGAGUUAAGCAAAAGUUUGAAUUCUAGUGAUUUAACAAAGCCAGCAAAUGUUAAAAUCCCCAAAGAGUUAAUAACACAAGUUAAUAGUGGUGGGAAAAAACGUAAAAAUGAUUCAAAAACAUCUGGUUCUAAUCCUAAGAAACAGUACAGACGCAUUUCAACAUAUUUUAAACCAAUCUAA